CGUGAAAGCCAAUACUGUGUACGAGAACGUCAUUGAACGAAACCGCUAUCUGCAUUAUACAUACUCCUAGCUACUGCGAUUUUCCCAUAUUGCGAAUCACGUUACUACCGUUCGUCAUCGCGUUUGGAAUGGAUCGAACUAAAACUCGUCGAAUACGUGUUAAUGACGGGAAUGACCGUCACUCGUUAGAAUCCUUGACGCGACGAUCGAUGAUUAACACAGAUGCGAUUAAUAUCAAUCAACUUGUUCGUGGCUCUUGAGCUAUCGUCGUUGCCACGGAUCGAUCUUUAAGAUACUAACCUUGAGAAUUAUUCUGAGAAUCACAAUACAUUGACGGGUUCAAGCACUAUUACCAUGUUCCGACAAUCGCUUCGAUUAGCACGGAAGAAGAACUUUGGAGCAUGGCAACUAUUCGUGCCGCCGACUCCUAUAGCCUUAUUUCGUCCGUAUUCCGACAAGAUUUUGUCAAGUGGUAUGAUAAGCCCAAAUUCACCUGCAGACAAUAAGACAAGCCGAGACAGACGUUCGCCAAAUGACCCAACGCAGACUCUCACCCAGGCAGACGGCAUUUCGUCAGCGAUAAAACAAGACCACCGACAAAUUGAGAAAUAUUACGACAAGAUUAUCAAUUCGACCGAUCAUGAUACUCAGCAGCGAUACCAAAAUGCCUUCGUGUGGGAGCUGACGAGACAUGCAAUAGCUGAAGAGCUAGUCGUAUAUCCUUCAAUGGAGACGGGCCUCAACAACGGACAAGAGAUAGCCGAUAAAGAUCGAGAAGAGCAUCAGAUAACUAAAGAGCAGCUUUACAAAUUCCAAAACAUGACCCCUGAUCAUAGUGAUUUUAUCCCAACUCUCGAGUCGCUGAUGACGGACCUCAAAAUGCAUAUCAAACAAGAGGAAGAGCACGAUCUUGUCAAACUAGAAGAGGCACUACGGCCCACAAGGUCGAGAGACCUAGCCCAGCAGUUCGAGAUGACCAAGAUAUUCACGCCAACGCGUAGUCACCCAAGCGCGCCGAAUAAGCCGCCAUAUGAGACUGUUGCUGGCCUCAUGACAGCGCCAUUGGACAAGCUUCGUGAUAUGUUUCGGGCAUGGCCGGACGAGCCAGGGCCAAAGCCACCUUCUGGUGGAGCUGCGAGAUGAGAUGAUUGCGAGCGUAUAAGAGCAUACAAUUACGUCCGCUAGAAUAUCGCGGUAACGUUCUAGUAGAGGUUAGUUUAGUGAUAGGUUUACUAAAAAGUGAAUUAUAUUAGGUUCAAUGUAGAUGAUAAAUACCUUAAUUAUAGGUAUAUUAGUGUCGUAUAAGGUUCAUCCAGUCCUAUACAAUCGACAAUCGAACAAGUCCAAAGCUUACCAUACAUAACAUGCCAUAGCUUAGACGAGACG